GUCAACGUCAUUUGCAUGCUUUUUAUUUUCCGAAGUUUGUUAAAAAUUUCAUGAAGUUUUAAUAUUAUUUAAAAGUAAUAUAAAGACAAAAAGACGAAAUGCAGCAUGAUGAUGUUGUAUGGGCGAUCAUCAACAAAACACAUUGCUCACAUAAAGUAACGACCAAGACUCAGCAUUUCUGUCGGAAUGAAUAUAACCUUACAGGUUUAUGUAGCAGAUCGUCGUGUCCCUUAGCGAACAGUAAAUACGCCACGAUAAGGGAAGAAAAUGGCGUUAUUUAUCUCUAUAUGCGGACUGCCGAGAGGAUAAUGUUUCCAGCGCAGCAAUGGGAGAAAGUGAAACUGUCUAGAAACUUCGAGAAGGCAAUUCAUCAAAUUAACGAAAAUCUUUUAUACUGGCCAGGGUUUAUAAAGGCAAAAUGCAAGCAAAGAUUCGUAAAAAUAACACAGUAUCUUAUACGCAUGAGAAAACUUAAACUACGUAGAGUUAAAGAAUUAGUGCCAAUACAACGUAAGAUAGAGAGAAGAGAGAGAAGACGAGAAGAGAAAGCUCUAGUUGCUGCCCGGAUAGACAACGCUAUUGAGAAACAGUUGUUGGACCGUCUUAAGAAAGGAACCUACAAUGAUAUAUACAACUUCCCGCAAAUGGCGUUUGACGCUGCACUCAAAGCCGAGGAGUUGUCCGAUGAAAGCGAGGAGGAGAAAUCUGAGGAUGAGGAGGAGAGAGAGAUGGAGCCGGAGCUGGAGAGAGAGCUGGCGAGGAGUGUGGACGAAGCAGACGAGUUUGUGGAGGCCGAUAGUGAUAUGGACAGCGAUAGCGGGGAGAGUGAGUCGGGAAUGAAGGAGAGUGCGGAUGUGGGGAGUGACUUCGAGUCGGACACGUCAGAUAUUGAGGACAUUUCACUGAAGGUGAAGAGCAAGAAGCCGCGCGUGGAGAUAGAGUACGAGACGGAGCCGGUCGUUAAUAUAUCCAAGAAGAAAAUAAAGCAUUGAUCAAUCACUUAA